CCUGAACCACAGAAGAAAGACAGCAGGAAACGCUGCAGCAGCAACAGGCUGGAUUCCUGCAGGCUGGCGGAGAAACGGCUGGAUCCUGGUCAACCGGCAUGGAGAAAGUCAUCAGCUGCUUCCGGUGGAGACCGGAAGCUGUGACCAGGCUCAUCUGCUUCCCCUGGGCAGGUGGGGGCUCCAUCCAUUACGCCCGCUGGGGGAACGUCCUGAACAGCUCCGUGGAGGUGUUUGCGGUGAAGCUGCCGGGCCGGGAGAGCCGAGCCAGGGAACCGUUCUUUGACAACAUGCAGCAGAUCGUGGAUGAAGUCAUCUCGGCUCUGCUGCCCCUGCUGAAGGAGAAACCGUUUGCUAUGUUUGGCCACAGUUUUGGAGCUCUCACCAGCUUUGCUGUUGCAGAAGAUCUGAAGAAAGUUCACAACUUGGAGCCGGUCCACAUGUUCCUGUCUGGAGCUUCAGCUCCACAUUCUGAAACUCGCCUUAAGGCUCCCAAACGAAGCGAGUUGUCGGACAGCGAGUUCCUCCGGUGGUUGGCGGCCGUCGGGGGAACGCCGCCGGAGCUGCUGGCGAACCCCGACGUUGUGAGGCUCUUCCUGCCGGCGCUGAGGGCCGACCUGCACGUUGUGGAGAACUACAGGUGCUCAGAACCAGACGCUCCAGUUCUGUCCUGUCCCGUUACGUGUUUCGACGGAAAGCAGGACGUUCCUCACGACUUACAGGCUUGGAGGAACGUCACAUCUGGAGAUUUCACCGUCAGGAUGUUCGACGGCUCUCACUUCUACCUGAAGGAUGCUGGCAAUGAAAAGAUCCUGCUGGACUUCAUCACCAACACUCUGGAGGCUGCAGAAAUGCAUUAUCUAUGACUAACAUGGCUAUUAUAUAGUCUGUAAAACUUGAGUUCAAACAGUAUCACAACACAAAACGUUGGAAAUCAGACGACAUUUUAUGUGAAUAUCCAGUGAAACUCUGAACUGGUUUGGUUUUAGGUUUGAUUUACAGGAACUUGGUGCUUCAGCUGUUCUGCAGUUUAAAAUACAGACAACAGGAUGUUAAACUCCUUUUCAGUUUGUUUCACUGAAGAUCAUCAAAGGAUGUAAGACCCUUUAAAUCUGAAUGAACAGCUGUCUCUGCGGUCAGUAAUAAUGGACGGUAAAUCCAGGACUAAUUUUUGUUUUUCCAAUCAAAAUCUCAGAUUUUCUGGUGGUAAUUUAAAAAUACUUGCAAGGAAUUUUGCAAUAUUUGUGCUUAUGUCUGAGGUUAAGAGUGACUUUUUAUUACUCACCAUUUUGAUCACAAUAUAGACUAGACAUCAAGUUUGGGAGUUAGCAUCACUUAAACCCAAUAUUUUUGUGGAAAAUUCGCAAUGAACCCAAGGUUAUGGGUUAGCACCAGAAAAACUGGAGAGAUUGAUAUAAUUUUUGUCUGGAGUCCAAAGGGCCACCUAGAAAGCUAUGGUGGGCCAGAUUUGGCCCCCGGGCCCCCAGGCCUUGGGUUUGACACACAUGCUCUACAGCUUGCUCCCACCAUUCUCCUGAAAAUGUCGGUACCUCCAUCUACGUCCUUUAAAGAGGCAGUAUCUUGUAUUUUCCAGAUGUCGUGUCAUUGCAGAGCACAAUCAAGUAACUUAAAAUACUUGAUUGUGCUCUGCAAUGACUUAAAAUAAAUCUUUCUUCCUUAUUUAACACCAUGAAAUUGGGCCUCUGUCUCUUCAAGAAUCUCCUGCUCUUUCUGAAGCUCCACCUCCAGGAAGUCAUUCCAACAACAUGGCUCCGCUUUAACCCUUUAAUGAUUUUACCGGCGUUUCUCUGAGCAGCAGCUCCUACAAUGAGAUCAGCAGUUCCACCAGCUGUUUGCUAAUUGGUGCUGGCUAGUCUGAAGGAGCUGAGUGGGGGAGGAGCUGCGUCUCGAAGGCGGGGCUAGGUCCACUGGGGCAUUUUAAAGUUGAAUGGUUGCCAUGGAGAUUAAAGAAUUUAAUCUCCAGGUUUGUUGUUGAUGGAGUAACAUCAUAUCACAACAUAAAGUUAAAAAAGUCUAUUUUUACAUGAUACUGGCCCUUUACUUGUACUUUCAGUACAAAACUCCCAGUAUUGUUUAGAACAGGAAAACCCAAAGAUUCAAUCGGCCGCUUACAGAUCCCACAUCUGACACCAAAUGUGAUGAGGAAAGAUGUCGUUUUGACACAUAAACUCAAAAGCAGUAAUUAAUCUAAGAGAUGGUGAUGAUUGUUUCAAUGCUUUACAGACUUUUCAUGCUUAGAGAUAUGAAUGUUUGUGUGCAUGAUAACGAACCGUGUUGGUUCUCACCUGCAGAGAACAUUUACCCAGUUUAAAAUAAACUCCACCGAAACCAAAGCAUUUUAUUUCUAAAGGAUAAAUUCAUUCACACAUGGAUUAAAUUUGAAGUGCUGUCCUCUGAAAUAAAUACAGAAAUGUGUCUUUAUCAUACAUGAGACGUUUUUACAGCAGUUUUAUAUUAACCUCUCAGCAAAACAUAAUAAA